AUGUCCACACUUCCCAUCCAUAUAUACCUACCACGUAGGGAGGGUGGGUUCAACACCUAAUACUCCAAUUUCUUAAAUCAUUAGUUGAGCUAACAAAGUAACAUAGAAGAAUUGGAAGUCCUCCCACUCAUGUGGCUCUGCACCCCUUUCUUACCAUCUUCCAGGAGCUCCACCAUCUCCAAAAAGAACAGCAUGGUGACCUCUCUUUCUUCCUCCAUGCCAAAAUUACACUGCUCGAUGGAGUGGAAAGCGAUCCAAAAGAAGAUUGGGUACUUGGUGUUGUGGCUGCUGGUCCUCUCCACCAUCUUCCUUCUGUUCAUCUUACAGUAUUCCAACCCUUUAACCAUGCAAGGCCUCAGCCAGAGCCCUACCAUCAAUACUGAUAACAAGAGUGUAACACAACUAGCACAAAUCCCCCUUCCAAAGCUCUCUUCUCCACCACCUACAACCAAUGAAGGGCACCACCAAAGCCCUUCUCUCACUGGCAAUUAUGACAACAGCAUGAAACCUGCAAUAAAGAGCUCUCCUCCAAACCCCUCUUCUCGACCAACCAUGGACAAGGCAGGCCUCAGCCCAAGCCCACCUCUCCCUGCUAGUAAAGUUGCUAUGGCACCAGUGUUUCAGAACCCCUCUUCAGAGCUCUCUUCUUCGCCAACUCUUGCUAAUGGUAUGGAAGAGCUCUGUGAUAUGUCCAAGGGUAAAUGGGUUAAGGAACCAAGAGGGUCUGUUUAUACCAACAUGACAUGCCCAACGCUUCCUGAGACGAAGAACUGCGUUAAGUAUGGGAAGAAACAGAACUAUUUGUAUUGGAGAUGGCAGCCAGAUGGGUGUGAGCUGCCGAGAUUUGAGCCCAUGAUGUUCCUGAAUAUUGUUCAAGGAAAGAAGCUGGCUUUUAUUGGGGACUCACUAGCCAGGAACCAGAUGGAAUCGCUUCUGUGUCUCCUAUCUCAGGCAGAGACUCCUGCAGAAAUUUACAAGGAUUCCGAGGAUAAAUAUCGAACAUGGUACUUUCCAUCCCACAAUUUCACCCUCUUGGUCAUGUGGACCGAAUUUUUUGCACUAGGAAUACCGAGAAUUGUGAAUGGAACGGCUACAGGCUCAUUUGACGUACACCUUGAUCAGAUUAACAGAAACUGGGCAGACAAACUUCCUGGUGUAGACUAUGCUGUCAUUUCUGGUGGUAACUGGUUUUUCAGAAAAAAUUACGUGCACAAAGGUGGCAAAAUUAUAGGUUGUGUCAAUUGUCAAGAAGGCAACUUGACAAACCAUGGUGUCCACUUCGCUAUCAGAAUGACCCUCAGAGCAGCUCUUGAGUUCAUAAGUACAUGCAAGGAGUGCCAAGGGCUGGUAACCUUCGUAAGGACCUACACACCAGCACAUUUUGAGGGUGGUUCAUGGUUCACUGGGGGACACUGCAAUCGAACUCGACCCUUAAAUGACAGUGAGGUAAGUUUAGAUAUGAUCCCUUGGGAGCUGAGGAACAUCCAAUUGGAAGAGUUGGAGAGGAUAAAGCAAAGAGAGAUGGUAGGGAAAAGAAAGUUCGGCCUAUUGGACGUCACCAAGGCUAUGAUGUUUCGGGCUGAUGGGCAUCCUGGAUCAAACUGGGACAAGAGAUGGACUACUGCUAAUGACUGCCUGCACUGGUGCCUGCCCGGGCCAGUUGACAUGUUGAAUGAUCUAUUGCUACAAAUUCUGAAGAAAGAAUUAGUUGCUUUAUAG